AUGGAUAGGCUUUGGAUACCGUCAGGCACGCGAGUGGACGCGGUGGAUGGGGUGGAUGGGCAUUCCGACGCGAUCCACCGGUCCCACGGUCCACGCGCGGUGGAUCCGACGGUGGAUGGAGGUCGUGAGAAGAUAGGCGCGGUGGAUGGAGGUGGAUCCGGUCGCUCUCAGCCAAUCCGAAGGCCGGAUUCGCGAUUUAGGCGGAUCCACCGAGCCUAA